GGGCAGUUGCAACCUUGAAGUGGGAGAGCUCAAUCAACAACUUCUUAUCAGCCUUCUCCUUCUACAGCAACGUGCCAUAAUUUGAGAGUUCGCCUUGAUUCCAGAUCGAUUGAAGGGAUUUGAGUUCACAGAAAUACUACUUCGUCAAUCCUUUAGUGAAGAGGAAAGACUGUCAAAAUGUCUGGAGCCACGGUAAGACAAAGCAACCCAUUUCAUAGAUUUAUAUAUCUUCAUAACUAACAAACAUAUCAUAGAAUCGAGAAGCUGUUUUCGCAACACGGCAGUCCUUGGGAUUGAUGAAAGCAAAAUUGAAGGGAGCACAAACCGGUCAUGAUCUAUUAAAGAGAAAGAGUGAAGCCUUAACCAAGUAUGUCUAAUCCAAAUCCAACCUCUUUCCCAUACUAACUCUCAUCGGGCAGACGUUUCCGAGGUAAUUACUCUGCGGUUGCCAACGAUAUUCUCUACAUUUCCUAACCACUCCCCAGAAAUCACUCGCCGAAUCGAUGAAGCCAAACGAAAGAUGGGCCGAGUAAUGCAGAUAGCCGCCUUUUCUCUAGCAGAAGUAACCUAUGCAGUAGGAGGAGAUAUUGGUUACCAAGUACAAGAGUCCGCGAAAUCGGCACGAUUCCGUGUACGGACGAAGCAAGAGAAUGUAUCAGGUGUAUUUCUACCGGCAUUUGAGAGCUAUACGACGGAAGGCAAUAACGAUUUUGGUCUAACGGGUUUGGGAAAGGGUGGUCAACAGGUACAGAGGUGUAGGGAGACCUAUGCGAGGGCUGUUGAAACCCUGGUGGAAUUGGCGAGUUUACAGGUAUGCUCGGAAAAGGUUUCAGUAAGGAUAUUGGGUACGAUAGGGCUGACACUUUGUGGCUAGACUGCUUUUGUUAUUCUGGAUGAGGUUAUCAAGGUUGUGAACAGGAGAGGUAAGUUUUAACCAUGCUUUGAAGAAUAUAACAUAACAUAUGCUAAUGUGGUACAGUAAACGCAAUGUCAGUCUUCCAUCGUCCAUGGCCCUACUACUUCAUACUGACUGCGCAACAGUGAACAUGUGAUCAUCCCACGUACAGAAAACACUAUCAAAUAUAUCAACUCUGAGCUCGAUGAGUUGGACAGAGAAGAAUUCUUCCGAUUGAAGAAAGUUCAAAACAAGAAACAGAGGGAUACAGCCGCCCAGGAUGCGGAAAUGAAGGCGAAAAAAGAGGCUGCAGCAGAGAAAGACAAGGCCGGUGGUAGCGAUAAGGAGAAUCCUACUCAUACUGGAGACAUUCUGGGUGAUGACGAAGAUGAAGACGUUAUUUUCUGAUGCAUCACGAAAGCCAUUUUAUUUGUUUUUAGUUCUAGCAAUCGAGUGCUCACCAACUCGAAUAAAUAUCAUGUAGUAUUAGCGUAUUAGCAGAUACCGUAAUUAAGAUUGAGCAUUCUCGUUCCUAGCUUAGGU